AUGGCAAUCCAGGAUCCUUGCUUCAGCUUGGCCCGAGCCCCAGCCACUGCGGUCAUUCGAGGUGUAAAGCAGAGCGGGGCCCGGCAGCCGACGCAUGCAGGAAGUACUUCUCGGACCCUGUCCGUCUGGUCUCUGGCACGAACGCCCUGGCAAGCAUCAGCCCCGCGCGACAGAAGUCGCUGGUUCGGACUGGCUUUCAGCACGCCGCCCCAGGGUCUCCUGGAGUGCCUGGUCUCGGGGGCACGCACGUUACCGCCGGUCACGUCCUAUCAUCCUCUCAACUCGAUCAACAGCGACUUCCACCUUUUCGCAGACACCUCACCUCCCCACCUGCUUUCUGCCGCCCACGCUGGCGCCGUACGCUCGCUAAAGUGCGUGCACACAAGCAAGGCGCAGCAAAAAGUUAAGCGCCUUUCAAGCCGCGCAGCCACGAUCGCAGUGAAUGCUCCGCACGUCAGGCUCGGGCGGAGGGGGAGUGCUCUGCGAACCAGAGGGCCCUGCACCGAGCCAUUGGCAGAGCCGGGACUCACUGUCUCCAGGGUGGGCGCGGCCAGAGAGACAAACACAGGUACAAGAAAUGGCCUAGAAAUCGUAGUUAUGGGCAGAUUUACUCAAGUUAACAACGGUUUAGCAAGACUUUCCCAAGACACCAAAUGCAAUGACCUUUGCAGUAAAUGUGAUAUUGUGUCUGGUGUCGAUAGCAGGGCCGUGGGAACUCGUCCAGAUCGCGUCUGCGCAUGUGCCGCCCCGCCCCCUCGCGCCAUCUUCCUCCGGGAAAUUCCAGAUGCUGUGCUGUGCCCACGCUGUUGUGCAGGCUGCGGAGUCGGACUCUGCGUUCUCGAACGCUGGUUUAAUUCUAGAGUCUGCUGCCUGUUUCCAAAGUCAAAGAAGAUGAACAUGUCUCCAGUGUUUGUGUCAUUUGAGGAUGUGGCUGUGUUCUUCACCUGGGAGGAGUGGCAGGAGCUGAACAGUGUUCAGAGGACUCUGUACAGGGAAGUGAUGCUGGAGACCUACAGCAACCUGAUGUGUUUGGGUUGCUGCAUUUCCAAGCCAGAAAUCAUUUUCAAGUUGGAGCAAGGAUUAGAGCCAUGGGUUGUAGAAGAACCUAUAAGCCAGAGCCUACAAGUUAUCCGGAAAAUGGAUGACCUGAUUGAGACUCGUCGGGAAACUCAAGAUGUGAUUUACUGGGAAGUUGUGAUGACAAAUCGCAGCAUAUCUACCAAGGAGAAUGCAGAUUUAAGAGAUAUAUUUAAUGUAAAACCCAAUCAUAUGUCAAAACUGAUCAUGAAGGAUGGAAAUUAUGCAGAAAUGGGUCCUGAGGAGUACAGUGCCUAUCAGAAUACUCUUUUUGGUGAGCCUGAUGAUAUGUGGGCUGGAGAGAAACAUGACGAGCCUCGGAAGCCUUUUCAACUCUAUGAGUAUCAUGAUCAGCAUCUCAAUGUUCACUCUUUGCCACAGACUUUUAAGCAGGAUGGACAGAAGAAUGCUUUUGAUAGUGAGACAAUGUUCCUUACACACAAGUCAGACCUAUCAGUCCAUCAAAUGACACACACAGGAGAAAAUCCUUAUGCAUAUACUGAUUGCGAAAAAUCUUUCACUUGUAAACCAAACUUUCCCAUUCGUCACAGCAUUCAUCCAGGAGGUAAGUCCUAUUGGUGUAAUGAAUGUGGAAAAAGCUUUUGCCGGAAAUCAAACCUCCAUCGACAUCAGAGAACUCACACAGGGGAAAAAACCAAUGAAUGCAAUAUUUGUGAAAAAAGCUUUUACCAGAAGUCAGACCUUAUCAUACAUCAGAGAAUUCACACAGGGGAAAAGCCCUAUGAGUGCAGUGACUGUGGAAAAACUUUCUGCCGUAAGUCCAGCCUCAGGACACAUCAGAGACUGCACACAGGUGAGAAAUUAUAUGAAUGUGAAGAAUGUGGGAAGACUUUCUUCUACAAGUCAUCUCUGUCACAACAUCAGAGAACUCUGUAUGAAUGUAAGAAGUGUGGGAAAUCAUUCUACCACUGGUCUCUGUACUGUAAGCAUCAGCAGACUCACACAGGGGGCAAACCCUAUAAGUGUAAUGAAUGUGGGAAAACUUUCUGCAGGAAAGCAAACCUCAUGAUGCAUCAACAGACGCACACUGGAGAGAAACCCUAUGAAUGCAACGAGUGUGGGAAGACAUUCUUCCGGAAAACAAGCCUCAGCAGACAUCAGCAAACUCAUACGGGGGAGAAGCCCUUUGAAUGUAGUGACUGUGGAAAAUCCUUUUAUCUGAAAUCAAACCUACUUAUACAUCGCAGAAAUCACACAGAAGGAAAAGCUUAUCCAUGUAAUGAAUGUGGAAAAGCUUUUUAUCAAAAGUCGUAUCUGAUUAUACAUCAGAGAAGUCACACGGGAGAAAAACCUUAUGGGUGUAAUGAAUGUGGGAAAGCCUUUUCCCGGAAGUCAGAUCUUGUUAGGCAUGAGAAAAUUCAAACUGGUGGGAAAUCUUAUGAGUGUAAUCAAUGUUCUAAAACUUUUUGCCAGAAGUCAAAUCUCAGGAUACAUCAAAGAAUUCACACAGGUGAGAAAAUAUAUGAAUGUAAAGAAUGUGGAAAAGCCUUUUGCAGGAAGUCGCAUCUCAACAAAAAUCCCAGGAUUCACACAGGAGAGAAACCUUAUGAAUGUAAUGACUGUGGUAAAGCCUUUGGCCGUAUGUCACACCUUGUAAUGCAUCAAAGAGUUCACACAGGGGAGAAACCUUAUGAGUGUAAUGACUGUGGAAAAGCCUUUGGUCAUAAGUCACAUUUAACAGUGCAUCAGAGAACCCACACAGGGGAGAAACCUUAUGAGUGUGAUGACUGUGGGAAAGCUUUUGGCCGUAUGGCAUCUCUUAUAAUGCAUCAAAGAAUUCACACUGGGGAGAAACCUUAUGAAUGUGAUGAUUGUGGAAAAGCUUUUGGCCGUAUGUCAUCCCUCAUUAUGCAUCAUAGAAUCCACACAGGUGAGAAACCUUAUGAAUGCAAUGUGUGUGGGAAAGCCUUUGGUCAUAAGUCACACUUAAGAGUGCAUCAGAGAAUUCACACAGGGGAGAAACCUUAUGAAUGUGAUGACUGUGGAAAAGCCUUUAGCUGUACAUCACAACUCAUAAAACAUCAAAGAAUCCACACAGGGGAGAAACCUUACGAAUGUAAUGAGUGCGGGAAGGAUUUUAUUGAGAAAUCACAACUCAAAAAACACCAGAGAAUUCACACAGGGGAGAAACCUUAUGAAUGCAAGGAGUGUGGACAAGCCUUUAUUCAGAAGUCACAACUUACAAUACAUCAGAGAACACACACAGGUGAGAGACCUUUUGAGUGUAGUAACUGUGGAAAAGCCUUUCGGAGUACAUCACACCUCAUAAAACACCAGAAAACUCACACGGGGGAGAAACCUUAUGAGUGUAGUGACUGUGGAAAAUGUUUUGGCCAUACAUCAUGCCUCAUAAGGCAUCAGAGGAUUCAUACAGGGGAGAAACCUUAUGAAUGUAAUGACUGUGGAAAAACCUUUAUCCAGAAAUCACAACUCACAAGACAUCAGAGAACUCACACAGGGGAGAGACCUUAUGAAUGUAAUGACUGUGGGAAAGCCUUUAUCCAGAAGUCAAAACUAACACUACAUCAGAGAACCCACACAGGGGAGAAACCUUAUGAAUGUAAUGACUGUGGGAAAGCUUUUUGCCACAUGUCAUCCCUGAUAAGACAUCAGAGAAUUCACACAGGGGAGAAACCUUCUGAAUGUAAUGACUGUGGAGCAGACUUUAUCCAGAAGUCACAACUCGCAAUAGUUCAAAAAGCACACACAGCAGAGAAACCUUAUGAAUGUAUGACCCUGGAAAAGCUUUUUGCCAUAAAUCACAUCUUAUGGACAUCUGGAAAGUCAGACAAAGGGGAAACAGUAUGAAUGUGGUAACUGAGGAAGACGUUUUUAUGCAAAUCUGCCCUCAUGAAACAAGAUUCGGAAAGGGAGAAGCCUUAUGAAUGCUAAGAUUGGGAAAGCCCUUUGCCAAGAGUCACAUCUUGGAGCACAUCCAAGAAUUCAGAGGAAGGAACUUUAUGAUUGUAAUAUAUAUGGAUUGGUCUUUUUUCAGCAUUAGUACCCCGAGGCAACAGGGAAUUCAAAUAAGGGAUAAAACAAAAAGUUUGGUUAGAUGAACCUUUUUUGUCCACCCAGAGUCAGUGUCAUCAUUCUAAUAGCUGUUUGCUGCAAAUCAAACAAAUCUGUAAUGCUACUGUGAAAAGGCUUUUGCCAAACAUCAGACAUCAUUUAACAUUAAUGAGUUCACACAAGUUUUUUUGAGGAUUAAUGUAGGUUGGAAAGCAUUUUCCUUGAACUCAAGCCUCGUUAGAUAAAAUUUACAAAGGGCACCGUUUCAUACAGUAAAUAAGAUAAAAAUGUUAACUUCUAGUUAAACCAGCAGACAAUGGAGAAUUUAUGAAGGAAAAAAAUCAUAUCAAUGUGACGAAUGUGAAAUCUCACCAUAAGUCAGUCUUCAGCUCACUUGAAGAGGUUGAGAGCUGGUUUUUAGCUGUAACAACUCUUGUUUUCAAUCAAGAUGACAGUCCUGCAAGUCAUCCCACCUCUACUGCUACCUUUUGAGAACAGCUCAUUGGCCCUAGUAAGUUCCCCAGGGUAUCUUCAAAAUAUUAGUCAUAGGGUGCAAACUGAAAAUGUCAAAAUGAUACAGAAAAAAAGAUGUGAGCAGUUGCGUUGAAGUUGGAAAUUUGCUGAACUGGAAUUUGGUUUGCUGCCACUAGGUUUUUUUCCCAGGUGUCCGAGAUAUCAAUUUCUCCAAUAUUGCAUAGCUAAGGACAUUUUCUAGGUUCCUAGCUAAACUGGUGCUUUUCCAGUCAAGUGUUGGAAUAUUAUGUUAACUUUUGUAUAUGUAAUUAAGGGUUUUAAGAUUGGACUAUCAGUAUUUUCCAUAUAAGCCCAGCAUACACUCUCUUGUGUGUUCACUAUCAAAAGCCAGUUGUGUACACAAGUUGAGAGCCAGGAGAUUCCCCUGUGUCACUCAUUUCUGUGCAGAGACUGGAAUAUUGUGUUGCCCGACACAUCAGUAGUGAAUUGGAAGUGAAGCAUCCAGGACUUGGACUGAAAAGUGAUUGGGUUGCCAGCAUAGCUGUCACUAAGUUUCCCUGUACGUCACAGUUUCAGACCCCACAUGUAAGUAUUAACACAGUUACUUCCUUUAGCAGCAUUACUAUUGAAAAAUUAUAGUGUGCCUUUGAAGCAAUUCUUUUUUGUCUUUCCAAUGGUUCUGAUAAUGCCUCAAUAAAUCUCUUCUAAAACUCA